ACUCACGCUUCUACACCCAGUAUUAUGCCACCAGAGCUAGAGCAGACGCUCGCUUUAUUAUCAUCGCAUCAUUCUGUCCUCGGAUAUUUCCUCCUUUCGCGUGGGGACAAUGUUAGUAUCAUACAUCAUUCAGGCGUUGUCUUUGAGGAAGAAGAA